AUGACACGGCUGUAUCUUGACAAUGUAUGGAGACAUGAUUCGCCAAGACUCACCCUGUACGAAAGUGUCGCUUUUGAAGACCCUCUACCGAGUUACAGUUUGGGACCUCGGAAGCGUGUUCUCGAAACGCGUCUCGAAGAAGACGCAGUCAUCCCAUGUGUGAGAGAAUUCGGAGGACCUCUCUACUGCCCGUUUGCCGCGCUCCGAGUGUGCGAGUGGGUCCAUUUCAACAUGUGCGGACCAGAAAAUUGUUGUUGCGGGGUUCCCCGGCCGGCAAAUCCAGAGGAGUCGAGAAUGCUUCUUGUUGGAGGCAUUGUCAAUAUCGUGUUCCCCCUUGGAAUUGGGACACUGGUUGCCGGCUGCUCUAUGAAUAAUGCACAGCUUAUAAAGUCAGGAACCUUCCAGCUCAUUUGCUCGCUACUGAUUUUUGGCUCGAUCUGGAGUUUCAUAUUUGGCAUUUUGAUGGUCGUCGCAAGUGUUCAGGCAUCGACGUCGGGUGAGGCCGCGCCCGCUGCACCUUCAGGUGCAGCCUCAUCGACACCAGCAUCGUAA